CGGAGGCAGGUCAAGCAGGGGGACAGAAAGGACCACAGAGCUGCUGGUGUGGUACAGCCACAUGGCCAGGCACCUGGCCUGGUACAGAGCUGUGUGGCUAAUUGCAUGUGAACAAAUGAGCCCUAAUGCUAUAAAGGAGCCUGUCUGAAGUGUUUCAAGCCAGACGCUUAGAAUUAGCCACAGCUCAUAAGCUUGAUCUCGUUGUUUUGUCCCCAUCUGUGGACAGAAUAAUCGCAUCACCUAUCCUAGCUGCCAUGCAGAUGGAUUGGGGAUGUCUGUGCAGUUUCUAUAGCAAUAAGCCCAGAGGAAAUGAGCAAGCAGCCCGCUCGUGCACAGUGCAUGGUGCCUGCCCCAUGCCAGCCUGCUCCCGUGCACACACUGCACGGCACGGCUCAGCCCUCAGCAGCACCUCAGCCUUGUGCCUGUAGUGGGGAGGGCCCUGCAGACCCUGGGGGCUGCUCCGGAGCCCCACCACAACGUGGUGACAGGGGCCACACUGCAGAUACCCUGGGAUCAUUGCACUUCUCCUCUCAGCUGUUUAUUUUCAUAUGCCCUCUGUGCAAGAUCGUUCCCUUGCUAUGUCUGCUAUUCCACUUCCAUUCCUUUUUUUUUGGCUGCCUGCAAAUCUCUCUCUCUGUUUUGCUUUUCCACCCUCCAUGGGUGCAUGCAGCCACCAACAGCAACCCUCACACGGAGCAGAAGAGCAGCCUCAAAACCAGCUUUUCUCAGAAAACAACAGCAGUGACAGGGACAGCUUCCAUCUCUCAUGCUUCCAAGGCAGGUCAGACCUUGCCUGGAAGGAGGUGGACCGGAGAAGGAUGGUAAGGUCCCUGCUCUCCCCAUGCUGAGUGGAUCCUGGGGCUGGGUCUCCUUGGCACCACCGCCUCUGCCCCGGAUUUGCUUGGUGCCAGGGCCCAGAUGGGUGAGGAACAUGGGCUGUGCUGAUAGCAGGUCACGAGGACCCACAUCUAACCCACAGGCACAACUGUGUAACAAAGGGGAGAAGGGGAUCAGCCAUCUCUCCCUGUCUGAGCAGGACACGGUGCCCCACCACCCCACUAUGGGUGCUGACCCAUUGCUGCGGGUAUGGAUGCACUCAGCAUCACUUCAAGCAGCAGCAGGUACUCCUUGAAUGGCAUUUGGCCCUUGCUCAAAAUCUUGCCAGCAAAUUCCCACCCUCUAACAGUGACUCAGAGCCAACACCUGUGUGGCACAAAAGGCACAAAUGAGCCCUAAUGGCCCUCAGCUGCCCCACCUGAGCCCCCUGCCCUGUAUUUUAGGCUCAGGGAUGUACUGUAGCCCUUUCUCCUGCUGUGCUAUUGGGGGUUCUCUGGGCAUCCCUCUCCGUCCUUGGGGCUGACUGUGACGCACCAGCGGCUGAUCUGACAUGCAUCCCAACUGGUGUGGAGAUGGGAGCAAGGACCUUCUCACCUGAAGUGUGUAUCCUCAGCUGUGGGGCCUCACUGGUGUACAGGGAAGCUCCUAAGGUGAGGAAGGUUGCCAAAAGGGCAGACGGGAGAGCUGAGCACUCACAGGCGUGUUGGGGAGGGGGGGCGGGCAGAGUUAUUUAAAAGACACUGUCCUGGAGUCCUCAAGCAGUUGUGUCACCAGCUUUCAAGCAAGCCUUCAAGAAGACUAAACAGCGGGGUUGGAAAGGCAGCAAUAAGCAAACAGGCGUUCUUCACAAACCCCAGAGUGAGAGCAAUGGAGAGACCAUAAAUUGUGGAAGGUUACGUGUGAAAAUAUGUGGGAGCAAGCCAAGAAAAAGUCUGAGGAACAGCUUCCAAAAGGCAUUAAGAGAAAAUAUGGACUCUGUCAAACACAUCAAGAUGCAGGCCAGGAGAGCCUCAACAUUAGAAAACAAAACAAGAAACUCAAAGACGUUAAAGCUGCAGCUCUUGGUUUGCUUCCCGGCAGAAAAGCUUCUGGGGCUGUUUGUACAGGGAAAGCUUUCUCUGGGCAGGAUCUGCCUGAUAUCCUGACAGGUGGGAGAGGCCAGGGAGCGAGCAGCCACCAGGGAGCCCCCGUGGGAUCGCAGUGCACUUCCCUGUGAUGGCUGGUGUGGGAUGUAACACUCUUCGUGAGGAGAUGUGCCCUGUGGAGAGCUGGGGAGCUGUGUGGCUGCACGGCCGGCACUGCCCAAGAUGUCAGCAGCAGCUGUAGCAGCCAGCUGUGGUGGACGCAUGGACUAAUAUGGAAUGUUAGAGAGGAGGCAGCAUGGUGCUGGCUGCAGAAGCAGCCUCCAGACGGGCGUCUCGGCUCCCUGCAGAGGCCAGCAAGCAUGUGCUUUGGGGGAAAGGGUCAGGAGGGACCAGUCUUCGGGUCCAACAGGCCUUCAGCAGGACCUCCCCAUGGGCACCACAGGAGGAGAGAUCACUCCUUGGAGGACAGCACGUGAAAGAUGAGCAAAGCAAACGCCAGAGCCUGGAGCUGCCUGCAGAGCGGGGAACGGUGCCUGAGGGACCCAGCACCUGUCCUGUGCAGUGUGACAGCACUUCUCUCAGGUUGAAAAAGUUUGUUUCAUUUGCUCUUCUAAAACUGGAAACUGUGGAGCCAAUGCCUGCCUAUGGCAUGAGUUCUUCCCAGCCUCAGCCAGGCAUGGUGAAGAGGCAGCCCCAGGGAGCGAGGCUGAGGGGCAAAUUCUGGGGGUUGGCCUGGCUGCGGGUGGCCCAGCACCAAGCCCCGAGCUCCAAAACAGCCCCAAUACCUGCUGCAGAUGCCUCUAGUUCUGAGCUGGGCAGUGUGUGCCCAUCCACACACAGCACCAGGGAUGACCAGCUCUGGUUUCAGCCCUACAUUAGUCAGGCAUCACCUGUAGCUGCAAGGAGAGCCAGGAAACUCCUUGUGCUUCAACAAUGCUGGAAGUGGCAAGAGUGAAUGUAACUGCCCUGGAUGGAUUUAAGUUCACCCCAGGAUGCGCUUUCUGCCCCCCAGCUGUGUCAGAGCUGUGCCCCUCUUCAUUCCUGGGGCAGACCUGGGACCUGUUCCAGCCUAUCUCCUGCUGCUGUGCAGCAAGGUGGUGUCCACAUUUCAGUGUGUGAGUGCAAGAACCUAAAGCUGGGAGUCUUCUAGAAACAGGCAGGAACACCUCUGCCUGCACAGAGAGGUUGGCUUAGCAAUUAUUAGUUUGCAAUGACAAUGGAAGGAAAGAAAGGACACCUGAUUUUUGAGAGGAUCAGAUGCUCUGUCAGCCUCUGCCUGAGCUGUUAUUGGUACAGGGAUGCUGCUUGCUGUGCUGGGGACAGCCCAGGGCCGUGGAGUGCCAGUGCUGUGGGGUGUGCUGGGCUCUGUUGCCUGCCUGCAAGGUGCUGUUGUCACCCAGCCGGGCUGGCAGGAGUGGGGCAGGUGGAGGGCACGGCAGUUCUCACAGCUCCCCAUCCGGGAGGGCAGCAGGGCCAUGAGAUCUGCACGGGAAGCCAUGCGCCUGGCUGCAGAGUCGUGGGGACCGCAGUUGUUUUUUCCUCAUGAAUCUCCAGCAGCGAAGCCAGCAUCAGUUGUCCCGGGGGAGCUGGGAUCUGUGGGAGCAGGCGGUCUGCAUGGAUGCCGUCCAGCAGACGCUGAGCAACCUUGCAUGGGGUCUGUCCAGCUGCAGCACAGCUCCCACUGUGCCAACCUCCUGCUGCUUGGAGGGGAUCUCAGGGGCUCUGAGCACCCAGGAGUGCCCCUGCAGACCUGUUCCCCCACCUCAUGCCGGUCCUCUGCCUUCGUCAGCCCCAGCUGGGUAAGGAGGGGCUGGGGAGAUGCUGCAUGGUGCCUCACUGCUGAGCAAAAACUAAGGUUGCACAGAAAUAGCUGGUGUUUUCCCCAGACCUUUGUCUAGGAACAAAUGUUUGUUUUGUCCAUUUCAAGGCUUUGGAGUGCUAAGAAAAUAUUUCCUAAAAGGAAUACACAGACCUUCUUCUUCUUCUUCCCACGACAGCUUAAUUUCUUUAAGAGCCCUUUUGGAGAGCAUUUUUGGAGACCCAAGUGCACCCUGAGGACCACGUCCUAUGUACACAGCAGCUGACUUCGUCAAAGAGCAAUAUAGGCUUGUGCCUCCAAACUGCCCACUCAAAAGUCACAUGGAAUCUCCCAUUGCACUGUAUUUAUUCUGGUUUCUGUUAUUUCAAGCCUUUAUUUUCCUUUCUAACCACUUGCCUUUUAUAGAACGCAGCCUCGCUGCUUUGCAGCUUCCUGGUUCCCACUGGAACUUUCUGAAAAUUAGCAUCAUGUUUAACAACAUCGACUUCUUGGUGGACGGAUUGCUGCAAUUCUCACCCAAGUCACUAUCUGGCAAUACAUAUGAGCACUCCCUCUGGCA